CAAGCAUCGAAAGUGAGGAAGGCUUUGAAAAUCACUGCCUGGCCACAGAGAGUAUUAACAUACUUGCCACGGGUGAAGAACUUUAUGGUUAAGGGGCCAGUUGGUUGCACCCAGUUCUUCCCAAGAUAUCUGUUGGCUAAGUAGCUAGAUAGCGAGCUAAGUUAGCAGUCUAGCUAGCUAAGGUUUCCUCCCGGAGUCCUGCUUGUCUCAAAACUGGCCUAUUGGACAGGUCCCUGUGCGCACACUGCCUCCCUCUGGCAGAUGAGUCAUCAGCGGGAGCCUGUGUGUGGCAGUCGCACGGCCAGAUAGUCCCCAGCGUGCGCGCCUGCUGCCCGGCCCACACAGCAUGCCCUCCACCAGCCGGGCAGGGAGCCUGAAGGACCCCGAGAUCGCAGAGCUCUUCUUCAAGGAGGACCCCGAGAAGCUCUUCACCGAUCUGCGCGAGAUCGGCCAUGGCAGCUUCGGAGCUGUGUAUUUCGCCCGUGAUGUGCGGACCACUGAGGUGGUGGCCAUUAAGAAGAUGUCUUACAGUGGAAAACAGUCCAACGAGAAAUGGCAGGACAUCAUUAAAGAAGUAAAGUUCCUCCAGAGAAUAAAACACCCCAACAGCAUAGAGUAUAAAGGAUGCUAUCUACGAGAACAUACAGCAUGGCUGGUGAUGGAGUACUGUUUGGGCUCAGCCUCCGACCUCCUGGAAGUUCACAAAAAGCCCCUUCAGGAAAUGGAGAUUGCAGCUAUUACCCAUGGUGCUUUGCAGGGGCUUGCCUACCUUCAUUCUCAUAACAUGAUUCACAGGGAUAUUAAAGCUGGGAACAUCCUGCUCACCGAGCCUGGACAGGUCAAACUAGCAGACUUUGGUUCUGCGUCCAUUGCCUCUCCAGCCAAUUCCUUCGUGGGCACACCAUAUUGGAUGGCCCCAGAAGUGAUUCUGGCCAUGGAUGAGGGACAGUACGAUGGAAAGGUAGAUGUCUGGUCUCUUGGGAUCACCUGUAUAGAACUAGCUGAGAGGAAGCCUCCUCUGUUCAACAUGAAUGCGAUGAGUGCCUUAUAUCAUAUUGCGCAGAAUGAGAGCCCAACACUGCAGUCUAUUGAAUGGACGGAUUACUUUAGAAAUUUUGUCGACUCAUGCCUUCAGAAAAUUCCCCAGGACAGACCACACUCAGAUGAUCUGCUGCAGCAUGCCUUUGUCCUGCGAGAGAGGACAGACACAGUUCUGAUGGACCUGAUCAUGCGGACCAAGGAUGCGGUCCGAGAGCUGGACAACUUGCAGUACCGCAAAAUGAAGAAGAUCCUUUUUCAAGAAGCCCACAAUGGACCAGCCAGCGAGCCCCAGGAGGGAGAUGAGGAGCCAGAGCAGGGCGCUGGCCGUACGGGCACAGUGAACAGUGUGGGCAGUAACCAGUCCAUCCCAAGCAUGUCAAUCAGUGCCAGCUCUCAGAGCAGCUCCGUCAACAGCCUGCCCGACGCUGCAGACGACAAGAGUGAGCUGGACCUGAUGGAAGGAGACCACACUGUCAUGUCCAACAGCUCCGUCAUACACCUCAAACCUGAGGAAGAGGAGGUUUACCGUGAUGACCCGGAGGCCCGAAGCCAUCCCUCUGAGGCCCAGGCAGCCCCAGCCCAGCCCCCACAACGCAAGCAUCACCGUAACCGCGAGCACUUCGCCACCAUCCGCACUGUCUCACUGGUGACAAGGCAGAUGCAGGAGCACGAGCAAGACUCUGAGCUGCGGGAGCAGAUGUCCGGCUAUAAGCGCAUGAGACGGCAGCACCAGAAGCACCUGAUGGCCCUGGAGAACAAGCUGAAAGCGGAGAUGGACGAGCACAGGCUCCGCCUAGACAAGGAGCUAGAGACGCAGCGGAACAGUUUUGCUGCAGAAAUUGAGAAGCUGGUCAAGAAGCACCAGGCAGCCAUGGAGAAAGAUGCCAAGUCAUUUGCCAAUGAUGAGAAGAAAUUCCAGCAGCACAUCCAGGUCCAGCAGAAGAAAGAGCUGAGCAGCUUCCUAGAAUCCCAGAAACGAGAGUACAAGCUACGUAAAGAGCAACUAAAAGAGGAGCUGAAUGAGAACCAGUCCACGCCCAAGAAGGAGAAGCAGGAGUGGCUGUCUAAGCAGAAGGAGAACUUCCAGCACUUCCAGGCAGAGGAGGAGGCCAACCUGCUCCGCCGGCAGCGCCAGUACCUGGAGCUCGAGUGCCGGCGCUUCAAACGCCGCAUCCUCAUCGCCAGACACAACGUGGAGCAGGACCUCGUCCGAGAAGAGCUGAACAAGCGUCAGACACAGAAGGACCUGGAACAUGCCAUGCUGCUGCGCCAUCAUGAGUCCAUGCAGGAGCUGGAGGUGCGGCAGUUGGGCACCAUCCAGAAGAUGCGCACCGAGCUCAUACGUCUGCAGCACCAGACUGAGCUCACCAACCAGCUGGAGUACAACAAACGCAGGGAGCGGGAGCUGAGGCGCAAGCACGUGAUGGAGGUCCGCCAGCAGCCCAAGAGCCUCAAGUCCAAGGAGCUGCAGAUCAAGAAGCAGUUCCAGGACACAUGUAAGAUCCAGACUAGGCAGUACAAGGCCCUGCGUAACCACCUGCUGGAAAGCACGCCCAAGGCCGACCACAAAGCUGUGCUGAAGAGGCUCAAGGAGGAGCAGACACGCAAACUGGCCAUCCUGGCGGAGCAGUACGACCACUCCAUCAACGACAUGCUAUCCACGCAGGCUUUGCGAUUGGAUGAGGCCCAGGAAGCUCAAUGUCAGCUGCUGAAGACACAGCUGCAGGAGGAGCUGGAGCUGCUAAAUGCAUAUCAGAGCAAGAUCAAGAUGCAGACAGACGCGCAGCAUGACCGCGAGAGGAAGGAGCUGGAGCAGAGAGUCUCACUGCGCCGAGCCCUCCUGGAGCAGAAAAUUGAGGAGGAGAUGCUGACCCUGCAGAAUGAGCGUUCGGAGCGGAUCCGCAGCCUGCUGGAGAGGCAAGCGCGUGAGAUUGAGGCCUUCGACUCGGAGAGCAUGCGUCUGGGCUUCAACAACAUGGUGCUCUCCAACCUGGCCUCGUCCGAUGGGCACAGCCACAGCUUCCCUGGGGCGCCUGGCGGCUGGGGCUCCCAGCACGGGGCUAGUUCACAGGGUGCAAACUGGGGAGGUGGGGGUGGAGGCAGCUCAGGGCCCGGAGGGCAUCACGGCAGCCAGCAUGGCCACCACCAUCACCCCCCCAGCCAGAGUGGCUCCAUUCAGCAGUCAUGGGGCCACGGCCUGCCCACUGCUGCGCCUCUCCCCUGGGGCCACCACGGCUCCGGGGGCAGUCAGCGGUCAAGCAGCAGUGGGGGGGUGCGGAACAGCCCCCAUGUGGUGCGGCGGACAUCAUCGGGGGGGCGCAGUGAGCAGGGGAUGAGCAGGAGCACCAGCAUCGCCUCUCAGAUCUCCAACGGCUCUCACCUGUCCUACACGUAAGACCGCCCACGCUCUGCCCACUAAAACCCACCUCACACUGUUCUGCAUUGCCACAGGAGAGGGGGAUGGGAGCAUGCCAAGGUCAGAGGGGGGACGCCUAGGGAGGUCUGAGCACUCACCGUUGUUUGCUUUCCUCCUCUCUUCCUUUUUUUCGUUUUCAAAAUACCCCACACUAAAUUCAUGCACCUCGAGGACGCACACGUGGAAGACCCUGAUUAUAAAAUAGGAAAGACUCUUGCACAUUCAGCUUGGUUAUAUUUGCAGACUUAAUCAGUCCACAGCAUAUUCUUUGAAGUACAGUGUGUGAAGCACAGUUGCGCAUCUUUGGCCAUUUUAGCAGUGCAUUAAAGUUGAGUUAUAAAUGGAGGAUUGCAUGAAUACGAAUGUGUUGGGGAGAGUGUGGUGUUGCCUCAGUAUGUUAAGCAUUAAUGGUAUGCUUAUUGAGUUGAGUUCUGUGCAAUUCCUCUAACAGGAAGUAAAGGUUUUUGUAUGUAAAUCUGUCAUGGGUUUCAUCAUCGUCUUGUUUGCAAGUUAUUGCUCAAGUUACAGAAACUUGUACAGUCCACAUAUAUUUUCAGGAGAAACAUUGAAGUACAUAUGGUAUACACACGGUGAGAUGGAUGUUUUUAAUAUUAUUGUUUUAAUAAAAGUGUCCCAGGAGCCGAAAUGUGGACAGAAACAGGAAUCAUUAAGAAUUGUCUUUUUUCAGGACCCAGUUUGAUUCAGUCAAGGUUCAUCAUUUAUCUUUAAAACGUAUAUGAUUUUAUUCCAUUUUCAUAAAUACUGUUAUUAAAAUUAACAACUAGAUUAGUUUUAAAACUCUAAGAACAUUAUUCAAAAAGAUUGUUUUCUGUAUAAAUUACCGGGAGGUUUUUUUUUUUUUUAGUUUUUGUUUAGAAUACUUUUUUCCCCCCCAUUUACAAUGCUGUGAGAAUCCCAGGGAAAUGUGGCAGUGAUAAUCCUCUUAGAAAGUUAGAUGCCAGAGUUGGCAAUAUCGAAAAAAUUAUUACCAAAGUUUUUACACAGUGCUUAACAUCAGUAUAAGCACAAUUUAAGGGCAGGUUUGGUCAGAUUUCUCCUUGUUGCAUUAAAAUAGUCUGUGUUGCUAAGUAGUGUGUGUCAGGUUUGUUUAUGGGUCUCAAUGGCCAAAAGAGGAACUGUAAGUCAGAAUGGGGAAAGAGACCACCCUACCCAUGUCAAGUGUAUUUUCACAGAUUGACAUUUAAUAUGGGAUAGGCCUGGAUUGGGAACAAUCACAUGGAGGCACAGGACAGAAGGUCAAGAGAUGGACCCAUGUGCUGAUUAGUAUAGAGCUAGGUUUGUGUGUCAUUUGUUUCGUUAUGUCAGAGAAGUGGGGUUUUGUUUUAGGCUGAGGUAUUUGAGAUAUGUCUGUAAGGAUGGAAUGUUGUAAUAUUUCCCACAGUGAUGACAUAGGGAGGGCAAUAAAAAAAAUUGCCAGAUGUCAUUCAGAUAUCGGAUUCCUAUUCAAAAUGGCCAAGUUUAUUCUCAUCCUAGCUAUGCAAGAGGAGGCUUUCAGCAUCUGUAAUUUGUCCCCUGUUCUCCGUCCUCUCUCUCGUGUUUCUUGGACCUCUGGUGCUCCCUCCUGCCCCUCCCCAGGCUUGGCAUCAGCACAGUGUGUGUGGGCUCAGGGGUGGGAAGGUCCGUCUGGGGCAGGCUUGCCACAACUGAAUGUGUUUGCUGGGAGAGUGGGUGCCGCUGCUGACGCACCUGCAGCGCCUUUGUCACUUUGACGCCUGUGCCAGACAUCCACCGCCCAAUAUCCACCCCCAACCGAACAUUUAGAAUGACAUGGGGGGGGGGGGGGGGUCAUAUAUAAGUGUGAUAUGUCAAAGACAUAUAGAAAGGUGACAGCUUUAAGUGGGAUGUAUAGGCAAAGUUUGUGUAUAUUGUACAUUUAGAAAAUUAAAAAAAAAUAUAUAAAGCUAUGAAAGAUGAACCCAAGUUUAAACUAGAUUUAAAAAUUAACUGCUUGAAUGUGAAGAACCUUUUUUUUUUUUUUUUUUUUUUUUUUUUUUUUUUUUAAAGAAAAAAAAACAGCUUGGUUUCUAAUAUUAUUUAAAGAAAAUUCAGGCAGAAUCUCACAGGGGUUGAGCACAGCUAAAACUCCUUGGAUUCAAUUCCAUUACCCCGCCCUUCCACCAUUCAGAUUUUUUUCCACACUGAUAAUGUUGUUCUUUCAUUAUCCCUCUGGGCCUAUCCCUCUGCUUUCUCAUUCUAGCAGUGGCCAUGGAAAAAUAUGGGAAGGAUUACUCAAGGUGUUUCAUCUAGAUCAGAACGAGAUAUUUCUAUAACUACUACCAGGGCCAUCAAAUUGUUUUGAUGUUUUGAUUCACUGCUGAGAAUGCUUCAGUGUCCGCUUGAUUAGUGAAUCAAUUAGCUUCGUGUGGCACAUGUUCUCGGGUGCAUGCAUGGCUUCACUGAUUACGCAGAGACAUCGUUAAGAUCAACCUUAAUCUAGCCUAUAUCACAAAGCCAGUUGAGCCAUUGCACUUCCAGGCCCCCAAGGACCUGGGCCAAAUAAUGGAGUAAGGAACCAUGGCAUUCUGAUGCUACAUGUCAAAUUACUUUAAACACCUACUUGCUCCAUUGGGAUCAGCUGAGUAGCCUUAAACGUAAGAACCCAGGUUACACAGAAGCUGCUCAUUACUUCUGGCUGUUGGCUAAGGGUCCCUAAGGUGAAUCCUGCCUGAGUAUCAGGCCUGAUCAAUGCAGUAUGUGGAGGUGGAAAGUGGAAUUAUGCCCUCUUGUGGUAGUGUAAUCUGCUGUUAUAUUGUAGCCCUCAUCAUUCCCAUGUUUUUAUGACCCUUUUCAAGUGUGAGAACAAGGGGAAUGGGCGAUGACAAUGCCAGGGGUACGUCUCUGUACAGUGUGUUUACCAGUAUUCCUCCAAAUGUUUGUUUUUUUCUUGAUCAUUUUUUCUUUUUUCCUGCUUUAACGUUACCAUAACAAUCCGUAUAUAACCUGUAUUAAAAUGUAUAGAUUGUGAAAAGCAGAAUGUUGCAGAGAUUACAGCAAAUGUAUGGUUAUUCACAACAGAAAAGACAAAAAUAUUCUGAAAACUUUAGGGGGAAAGUGUACCGUUUUGUUUGUAAUUACUCCUUUUGUUGGCAGAGGGCUACUGGAUAAAGAAUCAACUGUAAUAAAGUAAUUUUAGUAUA